CGUAUCACACAUCAGAUGGCUUUUGGCUAGAAACUUGUGUUUAUUUUCUUUAGCGGACAGUUAUCCUUGGUUAUAUCGUUAUUCUUGACAGGUACACAGUUGGAUAUAUAUAAGUGGCUGUGUAAUAUCGAAGAAAGUCUAAAACGUGUUACAAAACGGUCCCUUGGACGAUAAAUACACUAGCGUAGGGGCUAGUAACGUUAGUAGUUAACCAAGUCUGUAGCUAAUUAGCUAGCUAGCAACAACAAGGGAAGAUGGGGUCGAUUCUUAGCCGGAGAAUCGCUGGCGUUGAGGAUAUUGAUAUCCAGGCGAAUUCUGCGUACAGAUUUCCACCGAAAUCGGGGAAUUACUUUGCCAGCCAUUUUUUCAUGGGAGGGGAGAAAUUUGACACUCCACAUCCAGAGGGUUACCUAUUUGGAGAAAACAUGGAUCUGAACUUCCUUGGAAAUAGGCCUGUACAAUUUCCGUAUGUGACCCCGGCACCCCAUGAGCCUGUGAAGACCCUGAGAAGUCUGGUCAAUAUCAGAAAGGACUCCCUGCGCUUGGUCAGGUACAAAGAUGACACUGAUGCUCCAGUAGAGGAAGGAGGGAAGCCAAAGGUUCUGUAUGGUGUGGAGUUCACAUUUGACGCUGAUGCUCGUGUGGCUAUCACCCUGUAUUGCCAAGCUUUUGAGGAAUUCACCAAUGGGAUGGCAAUGUACAACCCAAAGGGCCCAGCCCUGGUUUCUGAGACUGUACACUAUAAGAGGGGUGUGAGCCAACAUUUCUCCCUACCUUCUUUCAAAAUCGAUUUCACCGACUGGAAGGAGGAGGAUCUGAACUUUGACCUGGACCGGGGUGUUUUCCCCAUGGUGAUCCAAGCUGUGGUGGAUGAAGGGGAUGAUUGCUUGGGACAUGCACAUGUGCUGCUGGCAGCCUUUGAGAGACAUGUGGAUGGCAGUUUCUCCGUCAAGCCUCUGAAGCAGAAGCAAAUUGUGGAUCGUGUGAGCUACCUGCUGCAGGAGAUCUAUGGAAUUGAAAACAAAAACAACCAAGAGACCAAGCCAUCGGAGGAUGAGAACAGUGACAACAGCAAUGAGUGUGUUGUUUGUCUGUCAGACCUCCGAGACACCAUCAUUCUGCCCUGCAGACACCUGUGUCUCUGCAACUCCUGUGCUGACACCCUGCGUUACCAGGCCAACAACUGUCCUAUCUGCAGACUGCCCUUCCGAGCCUUGCUGCAGAUCAGAGCUGUGAGAAAGAAGCCUGGGCCGCUGUCCCCUGUGUCUUUCAGCCCUGUACUGGCUCAGACCAUGGACCAUGAUGAGCACUCGAGCUCAGACUCGGUUCCCCCAGGCUUUGAGCCCAUCUCUCUGCUGGAGGCCCUGAACGGCCUGCACUCUGUGUCCCCCUCCAUCCCCCCCGCCCCCCUCUACGAUGAUAUUAACUUCUCUGGGAGCCUGGUAGGGGAGGGCCGGCCGCUGGGCUCCCCAGAACACUCCGGGGACGGGGGCCUGCAGAAGGGCAAGGUCAGCAAGUCACCUGACAGCACCCUGAGGUCGCCCUCAUCACCCAUCCAGGAGGAGGAUGAGGAGAAGCUGUCUGAGAUGUCGGACGCCCAGCCUCACACACUGCUCUCCAGCAGCCCUGCUCCCACCGAGGCCACUGCAGCCGAGGAUGUACCGGAGUCCAUCUCCCCAGAUGAUGAGGACAGGCUGCACUCUGGAGGAGAGCGAGAGAUCCUUCAGGACUACAGCAGUGAACACAGCAGCCUGACUAAAACAGAGAGUGACCCGCCAGGGGACCUGUCUCUGCCAGGGUCAUCAGAGAGCCUGAAGAGUCAGAGUACCAACUGCUCCAGCCAGCCCCUCCUGUGUCCCCCCAGUAGCCUUCACAUGGAGGAUGAGCAAUUUGACCCCUAACCUCUGGACCCAACGGUUUUCCCUCUCUGGCUGAGUCCCAAUUCACUUUGGUGGAAACUCCCUCCAGUCAAUAAUUACACCAAUCCAAUGCUUUUAAAUCCAUGACGGGGAGUGUGAAAGUGCACAUUUAGUCUAAAGGAUGAAUAAUUGGGACUUAGCCAUGGUCUCCUCCCAAGCCCAUCCCUCCCCCAUGAUCCAGUCCCCUUGGGUCUUGUAGAAGACCUCUCUCCUACUUUGGUCACCGAUUCAUGCCAUAACAAGCAUUGAUUCAAAAUGUGUUUGUGGUGGUCAUUGCAAGGAUUUACUAAAACCAUACUAUACCUUAAUAAAAAACAACAAGUCCUUAAUUAGAUUGCUUUGCAUACAUACAGUUAGGAGUGUGUAAUUGUUUAUCCAUUCUGGAUGGGGUUGUGAUGCAGUGGCGGACGUUGCAUGAUUCCAGUGGUUGAGUAUGACUACCAUCAUAUGGUAGUACUAGAAGCACACUCACUUUCAGUUUACUCUAUUCAAAUUACUGCUUGACACUAAUUGUUUUAGAGAGCAUUAAUACCAUUCAUGUUGUAUUCAUCUAAACUAAUAACUUUUUUUAACUGUUAUUUCUUGGUGCUUGUAUGAUAUGAAACGUUUUUGAAAGCAAACUUUGAAACAUUUCAGUGGACAUUUGACAUGAUCUAAACAUGACAUAAUUGAAUGGUGUCAUUUUUUUUAAAGGUUUUGAGGAUUCAUUCAUUUUACUUUGAAAUGGUGAAUUCCCCUGUCAUAGCAAGUCAAAUUGAGGCAUUUCAUUUCAAGUUGUCUUCAACGGUAAAUAUCUGCAUUUGUUUGUUUUUUAUACUGAAUUAUGUGAUAUCUUAUAUAUUGUACCUGUACUAGAAAAUUGUGUAGAUUAAUUUGCAAAAUUGUAUAUUUGUGUAUUAUAGAAGAACAUCUGGGGAUUCAAAUAAGGCGAUUAGUAGUUACAGCUACAUGCACAGUAUCUCACAUUUAGCUGAUCGAUUUUUAGUGACAGAGUCCAGCUUUACACCCGAACAGCUGAACACAAAGAUAGAUAGAGCCUGCAACAAGCCAAUACGCGAUGCUGACUGUAUAGCACAAAGUGUGUUAUUUGUAGACGUGGCAUAUUUCUGUAGCUAUAUUGUGGCUUGUCAUCCUGGCAUAGUCGUUGCCUUGCUCAAGUUCCAUGACUUGCAGUGUCUGACUUCCCUGUAGAUGUAGCACCAUACAUAUAGAUCUAUGUGCCUUCAACUAAACAGAUAUGGCUGCUGCUUGUUGCAUUUUUGGUGUUCUUGUGAUGAAACUGUUUCAGGAUAUACAGCUGUAUGAGCACGUAGUCUAGGAGGUUUUUAUUCCCAUUGGCUGAUAUACAGAGCUGUAAAAGUAUGACAUUUCUUUGCAUUCUCAAUGGUUCGUUAAAUAUUUUUAAAGAAACCUAAUUGUUAUUAAAACCAACUGUUCAGCAAUUACAAUUAUGUUAAAUCCAUAUAUUGAUACAUUUAAUCUAAAAAUUAACUACAUUAUGAGUAGACUUGGUUGUUAUAUGGUCUGUAUUGUAUGUGUUCUAAAAAAAUUCCCAGGGGGAAUAAACUAAAUGCUUCUCAACCAUUUUACUUAUGCAACAUCUUGAGACAUUGCAUCUUAAACAUUAGGUUAUCUUUUGCUUGUGAGUUUUGUUGUAGAGGGGUGUAAAACUAUCCAAUCUGUUUCGGAUUAACACUGUUCAUGUCAUGUGUCAUUGAUUAAUGAUGAGUCAUGUUAACUUUGAUGAUACACUUGUGCCUUGUUCUUGUUUCUCACAAUUAUUGACCUGGUAUCCAGGACAACACCACAUUUAGUGAUUCAUAACUCUAUCAAUAUCUGUCUGUCCCUGUGUACAGAUGUAGGAUCUUCAUUUGAUCAAUAUUCUGUUACUGAGAAUUUUCCUUCACAGCAGGAAAUGCCAAUUUGUAGUGUAUUCAAGGUUUAAAAAGGCUUCUAAAGUUUGUCAUUUCUAUUUUAAAAUAUCAGACUAGAUUUGCACUAACUAAAAAUGUAUCAACCCCUACAGAAAUGUCCCAUUCAUUAUAAUCCACAUAAUUAAAAUGUCCUGUUGCUGCAGGAUUAUUUUCCUGCUGUAGCAAACUUGCUCAAAUUAAGAUCCUACAUGUGUAGCCUAUAGCCGCAUGUGAAUAACAAUUAAAUAAAUGUAAUGUUGAACA